AUGGUUGGUGUUAGUUACGACGACUCUGCCCCUAGUCAGCGUCAAGACAAAGGCGAGACAAAACUCCAAGCGCUCAAUCGUCGGCGUCGAAACAAUCUCGAUACAAGACGCCGCGAUCCCAAUUUUAUGCCUCCCCAAUGGAAGAGGAAAGUGAAAGCUCCCCUUGAAGCGCCGCCUGGGGCAGAAGAUAAAUGGCCCAGCGAGGCUGUGUGGCGAAGCCAGUUCCGGUAUGAUUAA